AGGGUGGCCCGUGAGUGGCUCCCUGGACCGCAGCAAUGCUGCCGUAGGAACUUCUUGAAGGAGAAUUGUCUCUUCCAUAGUAAAUGAUACGGAUCGGUGUAAGUUUGCCAGAGUGAGAAAACACAUUUGCUAAAAGUAGUCACCGUGGCUCCCAGUAAGGUGUUGUACUGCAUUUUUCCGGGGCGUGUGUGGCCUUCAAACUGCAUACAGGCGGAAAAAGGUGAAGAGCGCAGGAAAAUUAGGACCAAAAGGACGAGGGACCCAGCCGACUGUCAGGAGCUCCCCGACAGGCAGAGCUUUGUGCGGGAAGGCGAGCAGGGCACGCAGCAAGUCGCUGGUACCUGGAGCUCUCUAUGUCUUUGGUGUCUGGUCACCCUGUGUCAUCCCACUGUGGCACUUACCAGACGAAGUCCUGCCAGAAACCUGUAGACAAGUAUAUCGAGUGUGAUCCUGUUAUCAUCCUGAUCAAUGCUAUUCUGUGCAAAGCCCAGGCCUACAGGCAUAUUCUUUUCAAUACUAAGAUAAAUAUCCAUGGGAAACUCUGCAUGUUUUGCUUGCUUUGUGAAGCAUACCUGAGGUGGUGGCAGCUGCAAGAUUCAAACCAGAACACCGCCCCUGACGACUUGAUCCGAUAUGCCAAGGAGUGGGAUUUCUAUAGGAUGUUUGCUAUUGCUUCUUUAGAACAAACUGCCUUUUUUAUUGGCAUUUUUACUUUCCUGUGGGUAGAGCGACCCAUGACAGCAAAAAAAAAGCCCAACUUCUUUUUGCUGCUGAAAGCGCUGUUGUUAUCAAGCUACGGAAAGCUCCUGCUGAUUCCAGCUGUCAUCUGGGAACACGACUACACACCUCUGUGCCUCAAGCUCAUUAAAGUAUUUGUCCUCACAUCAAACUUCCAGGCAAUCAGAGUGACUUUGAACAUCAACCGAAAGCUCUCCUUGCUUGCUGUCCUGAGUGGCUUGCUGCUGGAGAGCACCAUGGUCUACUUCUUCCAGAGGAUGGAGUGGGAUGUGGGCAGUGACUGUGCCAUCUACAAGUCUCAGGAUGUCUGAAAGUACACAAGCGUGUGGGCUCCUCCUCGCCUUGGAUGAGGAGCUGUAAAUAAGUAGGCACCACACGGGGCCCAUGCCUCUCGUCUUGUUGCCCUGGGUCACCGUCAUCUUCCUCAAGAACUGGUUCUUCACUUGAGUUCCAUUUGUCAUCUUCAGUGACAGCAGCGUCCAUCCCUGGUUUUACUGCUUCUGGGAUCCUCUCCUCACAGUUGAGCAUGUCCUUCCUACUCUUGAAGGACUUGACAGCCAUCUGACACCCCCUCCCAGCCAUCUUCCCUCCCUGCACCUCCCCACUUACCUCUGUCCUUUCUCUGCUCUGCAUCUGAACCCAUCGAGAGCUGUGGCCAGCUGCCAAAGGUUCUGUAUCACCUCAUGGGGGCCAUCCAGGCGGCCUCACCAUCUGUGUCUACUCAGGGUUCGAGUCUCUUGCUCCAUCUCUGCAGCACAUGCCUCUCCACUGCUCCCUUCUUCAUAAUAACCUCCAGGAACCCAACAAUAAAGGGCCUGAGAGUGGAGUUGUGACCUCUGCCAUGGCCCCUAGCCUGUUCCUGCUCCUGUGCUGAGUCCAGCCAGUGGCCAGUUGCCUGAACUCUCUCUUCACUUCAGAACCUCUUUGUGUUUUUCCCUCCGUCUCUCCUGGGACUGUUCCUGACCCACAGGGGUUCCUUUCCUUCCACAUGAGUAAACAGGAUCCUGGGAUGCAGAAGGCUGUGUCCGGCACCCACAGGGAGAUAUCACUCCUUCCUCUGUCUAUGGCAUCACCGUGCAGACAGGCUCUCCUGUAUCGCUGCUGCUCCAUCUCACACUCUUCCUCUUUGGGUCUUCAGAGAUGCUGCUGCUUCAUCUGUUCUCCUUCCUCCACAGUGGCUCUUUCCCCUCAGCCUAUGCACAUGCAUAGUUGUUUAUCUGGACCAAUCUAAGCCUGCUUCCUCCACUUCUUCACUGCUUUUCUCCGAGUCUCUUGAAUCCACAGUCCUAAAGUUACAGGGAAGCUGAUUGCUGACUAAUCUUCACAGACUUUGUCCUCCCUGAGCUCCUCCUGAGACAGGACACCUGCUCCCAUCCUGUCACAUCUUCUUCCCUUCCUGUGCAGGGCUGUGUCCUCUGGGCUCCUCUUUCCCUCCUGUGCCACCACUGGGCAACUCCUUCCUACAGGGCUCAUGCCUCCAGCUCUCCCUUUAUGCCCUGGUGUGGGCCCUGCCCCCUGCGCCUACCUAACACCAGGACAGUCCUGCCAUUAUCAAAGAUCAGUGUCAUCCACCUGUGCCCUGCCCAAGCAGAGUCCCUGCCUGACAGCUUCCCUCUCAAGUGUCCCUCACCUGUUUCACUUAGUGCAGCUUAGCCCUCAAUGUCUCCUGCCUGACACCGUAACAGCCUCCAGCCUGUACUGAUGCCACCUGAAUCUUCACAAAGCACAAGUCCCGGGGCCCUCUGCAGGUUCUCCAGCCGUUCUUCACACUGACGCAGGGCUUUCUAGUCUCUUCCAGGGCACAUCUUAGUUUUCUCUAAGACUUAGUAUGGCCCACUGUAUUUGGUCCCUGGCCCUACAGUUAGGAAAAUAAGCCCACAUUCUUAAUAACCACUAAAGAGCAGUGUCCUGCUUCAUGCUUGUCUCCUGUUGAGAUUUCACCUGGCCAGAUGUGUGGUCCUGGGAGAGACCAUGCAUCAGCCCCUCCCUGUCCAGUACAGCCCCAGCCUGCCUCAGAAGCAUUUCCCCUGUGGUGGUCAGCAGUGUGAGUCUUUGUAAGACUUCCUCUGUUGUCCACAGUUGAUUCUUUUGUACUGUCUGUGGCAUGACCAACUGCAUCCAAAAGCGAAGACAUGACUGGAAACCAAGCACCUCAUGUCUGAUGAAUGAAGUGAAGCUGAGACUGGGGCCACUUCUGAAGGCAGUGUGUGGAACAGAAACCCAGCCCACCCUCCUGCACCCUCCUGCACUGCUCAGACCCAAGUGCAUGCACGCACACACACAGGGAGUGGGGCUGCAGGCACUGGUGUGUGCACCCAGGCAAGAUCUGAAUGCUGUAGGCAGCCCACGUGAGCGCUUAUGAU